AAAUGUUCACUUGUCUAGGUUCAUGAGGAAAACUUUAAUUUUUGCCUUACAGAUCAAGCAAUAGAACUAGACCAUGCAAAACAGCACUGGGUUUAUCUGUCCCAUAAAUCUCGGGGUCCAAGGAUUCGACCGAGCACUGUUCCUGCUCUGUGGUGCUUGGGUCUGAUGACUGUUAGCACCUGGGACCGCACCAUCCAGCCAUCCAGUUAGACCUAUGAAGCAGUGCAUUAGUCAUCCCAAGUCCCCAGUUCCUUCAUUACACUCGUCUCAGUGCUCCCUUCACUCUGGAACUACAGUUUGUAUUUUAAACCUUCAAAGGCUGUAAUGAACACUGUUUUAAGAAGAGUAUGCACCGUGGAGAUGUCAGAUAAUGGCAGUAUCCUCACUAAGGUAGUAGGAGAAAUACAAGGUGAAGAAAUGAGCCGUCAGACUGCUACAGCACUCCCGACAGGUACUUCAAAGUGUACGCCAUCACAGAGGGUGCCUGCAUUAACUGGCACUACAGCUUCCAACAAUGACUUGGCUAGUCUUUUUGAGUGUCCUGUGUGUUUUGACUAUGUGCUGCCACCUAUUCUUCAGUGUCAGAGUGGCCAUCUUGUUUGUAGCAACUGUCGACCCAAGCUCACAUGCUGUCCGACUUGCCGAGGCCCGUUGGGCUCCAUUCGCAACUUGGCUAUGGAAAAAGUUGCCAACUCUGUACUCUUCCCAUGUAAAUAUGCCUCUUCAGGAUGUGAGAUAACCUUGCCACACACAGAAAAAGCAGACCAUGAGGAGCUGUGUGAGUUUAGGCCUUAUUCAUGUCCAUGUCCUGGUGCUUCGUGUAAAUGGCAAGGUUCUCUGGAUGCUGUAAUGCCACAUCUAAUGCAUCAACAUAAGUCAAUAACAACAUUACAGGGAGAAGAUAUAGUUUUCCUUGCUACAGACAUUAAUCUGCCUGGUGCUGUCGACUGGGUUAUGAUGCAGUCUUGUUUUGGCUUUCAUUUCAUGUUAGUGCUGGAGAAACAGGAAAAAUAUGAUGGUCACCAGCAGUUCUUUGCAAUUGUACAGCUGAUAGGAACACGCAAGCAAGCAGAAAAUUUUGCUUAUCGACUUGAGCUUAAUGGUCAUAGGCGGCGAUUGACUUGGGAAGCAACUCCUCGCUCUAUUCAUGAGGGAAUUGCAACAGCCAUUAUGAACAGUGACUGUCUAGUCUUUGACACCAGCAUUGCACAGCUUUUUGCAGAAAAUGGCAAUUUAGGCAUCAAUGUAACUAUAUCAAUGUGUUGAAAUGGCAAUCAAGCAUUUCCAGGCCAGUGUUUUAAAACCAUUGCAUUUAAUUUUGCAGAACCUAGGGUAACCAUCUGACUGCCAGACAAAUUAUUUGGUAGAUGGAGGCUAGACAUACAUGAAGGUAAAUAAGAGGAAAGGCUGUUAAAUUACAGGAAGCAGUUGCAUGUAGUAACACUAAUAUAUUUAAAAUAAGUUGACAGUAAACCACUGAAAUAUAUAUACACCCAAAAUGGGCAUCUUUUGUAUUAAGAAUUGAUUCUACAGGAAAUGUUGUAAAAUAAUUCUAAAAACUUGUUUGUAGAUUGAUUGUACUGUUGAAAAGGAUACUGUUUCGUGUUUUUGUGGGUUUUUUGUUUUGUUUUGUUUUUUCUUUUGACUGACAAGCCAUGUUGAGCGGUCUGGUCUCUGGCCGCUGCUUUUUUUUCCCCCUUUGUAAGUCACUACAUAGUAUUGCUGCUGUUUGUGUAUAUUUUUUGUGUAUUUGCUAAUUUUUAUUAACUUCUAGUUUUUCAUUAAAUAAAUAUGACUUUUCUGUAAUUCAGGUUUUUCUCUUUUUUUGUACCUUUUAAAAAUUAAUUACAGGUGUCUUAUUUGAUAUGCAUAAUUGCUUAUGGUAAAAAAUAUAAUUCUGUAUAUUUGGUAAAUUUUGUCUCUUUCCAGUAGUCCAUUCAUUGGUAAUACUGUUCUUAAUUGAGCUAUUUUGUGAAUGUAUUAAAUGCUAAACUAGUAAGUAUGUUGGAAGAAGUACCAGGAAAAAAAAGCUCCUUUAAAAACAGGUCUAGAUUUUUUAUUUUUAUUUUUUGAUUUAUACUUCCAAACAAAGUAAAGAAUUAUUAGGGGAACAUUUAAAAAAAAAUGAAAAUUCAGGCACAGUUUCAGAUUUCAAGAAAUGUAGAGACUCAAUCUCAUCCUUGUAUUUAUUGUUUUUGCAGUACAAAGAAGGCAUUGUUUUAUGCAGUAUUUGUAACUCUAAAAACAGGCCAUUUGCUUAAAGGCAGUAUCAGAAUAAGAUGUUCUUGGUCUUUUAUAAUUGUCAUUAAACGAAUACCUGGCAAAUUAAAAACUCUUGGUUUUUUUCCUUUAGCACAAAUUUGGGUAAACUUAAUGUUGUUUCUCAGUUUCUUGUUUUCUUUGGUUGUGGUUGUUACUAGAGAAAACAAACUUCCUUUCCUCACCCCUGCCCCAAUCAUACUAAGCUUGUAUAUCAUUUUAGUGAUGUGGUGUUGGCAUACUUUCAAAUGACAGUGUACAUGCAAUUUGCCUACGUUUAAAGGUGUAAAUGAUCUUCUGGUCCCUGUGCAGGUUGUCUGAAGUCAUGUAACUUAUUUCACUUUGACUGUGUAUUGCUAUGUCUUUAUGAAACACCUAGAGAGAACUGAUACAGGAAAUAACAAUUCUUUUCCAUAUUAUUUAACAUUUCAAACUAUUUUAAAAGUAUCUUGCUAAAUUUAGUAACUGUAAACAGCUGCUCUUGGGAGAAAUGGCCUUCAUAUCAGCUACUUUUUCUAGAAAUUUUACUGUGCAUUGUUUGUCUUACCAGAAAUAAAUGCAUUAAGGGGCUUUUGCUUUACUCUAAUUAUUAUUGGUGCAGUGACAACAUGAUGGGGUAAGUAGUUCUGUAAGUAAGGAAUAUGAAUUGGCAUUGGCUUCAGACUGACCAGACCAGCUCAGAAAGAGUUCACUUUAUACAGUGAAAGCAGUCAACUUCAGAAAUGCUUUGUGGUGAUUAAACUGUUCGAGGAAGCAUCCCUGAGAAAUGUACUGGCAUCUUAUGCCAGUAGGGGAACUUCAGGGUCUGUAAUCUGUACUAUUAUUUCAAGUGAAUACAGUGUUAUGUAAAAUAAGCAGUUGCCUUAUUUUAGAUAACUUGAUUUUUGUCCAAGCAGUUACAAGAUUGAUUGGCAGGUUUAGAGUUAAAACCAUAUUUAAAUAAUGCCUAAGUAAUGAUACCUUUUCUUUCUAAGUCUUGCCAGGGUGUUGCUGAUUUGCUAUAUAGCUGGAGUUUGGUUUGAAUAACAGCCUAGCUAGUGUAAUGAAUGCUGUGUAAUUCUAGGAACUUGCCUAAAACUCUAGUGGUUUUCUAAUGUGCUGCUGAAGAUUAAUACUUCUCUAUAACUGUAGCACUUGAAAUACAAGCAAAAAACAUGUUAUUUGGAAUUUAAGUUAUUUUUAAUUAACAUUCUUGCAUGUGCAAAAAUAGGAACACACUGGUUCCUAAAGGCUUAAUGCAUUGCACCUGCAAUGACCUGAUACUGAGAAAGAAGAGGUACUUCUGAGCUGAAUGUAACUGGGGAGAUUGUGCAGAUAGAUGCACUUUGUCUCUAUUAGCAGUUACUGAAAUAUUAAGGAACAAUUUUAAAAGGAUUUUCAUUGUAUUUUACGGGUAAUGUAUGCUAUAGUAUAACUAAUACUGCAUGCUGGGUUUUAUUAAAAUAUAAGCUAGUACAUACUCAGUGUUGUGUAAGAGCCUACAUAGUAUAUUUCAAUGUAAUUUAUAAGACAUAGCAGAGAAUCAGAUGCAAGGGACAUUUAGACCCAGAUUCUCAAAGGUAUUUCAACAUCUAAAUAUUUUGAGGAUUUAGGCCUAAUAAGUGUAUGCUUUUGUGAUACAGUAAGACUUACUAAUGACCUAUGUUUAAAACAAGUGUACUGUCUGCUAUCUAAUCUAAAAAUAAAUGGUACAUUGAAAGUGCUGGAAAUGCUUUACUAACACUGACUUUACUUCAGAAGAGUGUAUUAUUUUGUUAUGGUAGAAGAAGUACUCCAUUUACCUCUACUUAAAAAUAACAGAAUGAAAUAGUAUUUUGUAUAUUUAUUUUCAUAAACUUUGGGGACAAAAAUAGAAUCACUUGUCACUUCCCUUUAAAUACCUAUUUUUGGAGGGGGACUUUUAAAAAAGAAAAGAAAUCUCAAGGGAAAAACUUGAUCAAAUGAGCCAGUAUAAUAUUUAAUUGGCUUCUCUGUUCUGACAUUCUGGUGUGCAUUUCUUUAUUUAGCAUGUCAAGUUCUUGGUCAUAAUAUUCAUUUCAAACCAAAUUAAAUUUACAUUUUUUGCACUGUUCCCUGUGAUAGUACUAUAUUUGAAGCCAUAUUUUAAAUUUAAUGUUAUUGAACUGAUUUAAUAUUUGUUGUAACUUUUCAAAUCUAGUCUGAUUAAAACUGACUUGUUAAAGUUACGCCGUUUUUCAUGCAUAAGCUGACUAUCAGAUAAUGCAGUUCAUAAAAUGACUUGAAGUUUGAGCAGAAGAAAAAAGCAGCAUCAGUUUGCAAGCCUGAUUAUCUUGUAGUCUUAAGUCUACAGUCAGAGGCAACUGCAUUGUGCAAUUUCAAGCAUGAGUAUCUAUUUACAACUUGCAUUCAAAUAACCCACAGUGCAAUGAAGUUAUGACUUUGAAAGUCCUUUACUAUUCAAGUUGAGACUAGGAAUCAUAUGAUAGUGGCAAAGAAUGAACAGCUGGGUACUACAGAGCACAGAAAAUAGUGCAGUGAAAGGUACAGAUGGAAUCAAGUUAGUUAAAUGGGUAACAGCAAAAACUUAUUCUUAUAGUAAAGAACUGUUCAAAAUAUUAUUAUUAAAGCAAGAAAUGCAAUUUGUCUCCAAGCAAAGCUUUCUAGCUUCCUGCUUGCAUAUAGCCAGAAAACAGUAUUUACUCAUUCCAAGUUCAAAGAAAAUGCUUUUGCAGUUGAGUGUUUGCACAGCUAAAGUAAUUGUGUUUAAAUUUCUUGCCUGGCUCUUCUAAACCUAGUUUUGGCAGUGGAAUGCAUUUGUGCAACAAGCAUAACGUGUGGGACUCAGCAGAGCAUUUAGGAAUUGGAAACAGCCCUUCAUGUAGCUGUUCUACACCCCUGCCUUCUAAAGCUGAUUUCAGCAGCCAUGUUGCUACAGAAACUGAUAUGCCAGUCACCACACUCAAACUCUAUAAGCACCUUUUUCAUAAAACUAAUAGUUGGGCUGAUUACAAAAAUGCAUUAUCAUAAGCAGCCAACCCCUUCCCAAUUUAAAUGGGUAGCUCCUUCAGUAUCUUCAGGUUUCAUAGUGCUCUGUGGUCCCAAAAGUUGGCUCCUGCUAAGAUAACAAAAAGGAGCUGAGUCUCAAGGUAGAGUAAAACUUUUCUAUGCCUGCCCCUCUGGUCGUGUGGAGAGAAUGUGGAAUAUGUAGUGUAGUGCAAAACAUUCUUCUCAUCAUGGAAAUGAGAAACUAACCCAUUUAAGUAUUCUCUGGCCUUUUGACAUCUGCCUGCUUUACAAAAUGUUACAGAGCACAGCCCAUUUACUUGGGGAAUCCCUUCAGAGGAAUGGAAUGAUGGACCUUCAUGUUCUGAAGCAAGUACACAGGUAAGGAAAAGAAUGUGUGUGUGUUACAUUGGAAAGCAUUAGAUUGUUUACAGCUGUAUUCCAAAACCUUAGGAGGGUUUCUUAAUGCAACAUGGGGAAACGGAUGUCUUAAUUUCAGCUUAGUUGCAAGAAUACUACUGAAUCAAAAUCAGCUCGCUCUGAACAAAAGGCGGCUGAACAGACUCCCUUCUAGCCUGUGCAUACAUACGUUAGCAAACGACAGUGUGUAUGCUUUCACCUUGCUUGCCAAUUAUGGAACAGUUACCACCCCAUGUAACAAAUCUCUCUCAGACCACUAUUGUAAACCUUUUAACCACCAAAAAUGUAUUUCACAACUAGCCAAUAAGAAGUAGCUCUAAAAGUUCAUUUUCUUUCUUUAAGGUCAAGUAUUUUAUUCAUCUACUGCCAAACAGUGGAGAACAAGUUAACAGCUUACAAGUAUCUGCAUUACUAAAGGAAUAAGAAAUACUUCUCAACUUACCUUUGAUAGGGGGGAAAAAGGCACCUAGUGUGAUAUUUGAGACAUGCUACCACUUCCUGGGGCUGGGGAUAUCAAACGUUAACUUCCACUUUGAACUGUGUAUACACUUUUUGCUAUACUUGGAUAAACGUUGAGAACUUACUAAAUUUCAAAGCUCAGACUCAUCUGCCUUGUGAAAUCUCUCAAGUACUUCUCUGCAAGAGCAUCGUGGCUUUUG